GCAGCUGACCCAUGUGGGCGGAAAGAAGCCCUUUCCUUUUUGGCACCUGCGCUGCCCUCUCUGGCACAUGCCCAGCAGGGUGUUAUUCGGGCCGCAAUCGAGGUGGCCACAAGCUCUGACAGACCAAUCUUGCUUUCGGCUUUUCGUGGUUCAGUACUGGACUUGUGCCAGUCCAAAUCAGGCCACGAGAUGCUCGUGCAACUCAUUGACAGCGUUCCAGUGUUCUCUUUGGGUUUCAUGGUCUGCGAGAUGAUUCAGAACUGUAAGCUGCUCUCGAUGCAUCGCUAUGCCUCCAAUGUCAUGGAAUCGAUGCUGCUGCAUUUCCACCCCUCCCAGCUAGUGGAGAUUUCCUCGAAAGUGGUGGAGGCAGCACCGUCGCUUGCAAGAGAUCCUCAUGGAAGCCGAGUUCUUCAAACCUUGGUUGAGUACGGGAACCCCACGUGCCGCGAGCUCCUUUUUCGGAAGCUGUUGCCCGAGAUAGCAAUGCUGACGAUGCAUCGCACUGGAUCGCAAGUCCUUCGGAAAGCGCUAGAAAUCAGCGACGCGAAUCUAGAGCAGCUUAUUGCUGAAGCGGUGCUGGAAGGGGUGCGCAACAAGUCCGUUCAGGUUGCCAACAUUGCCUGCAGCCGAUGCGGGAGCAGCAUCCUCCAACAGAUCUCCACGUGCAGAAGUCCUGUCGUUGACGAGAUCCACAGCCGGCUCGCAGAGGCUCUUCCCCAGUUGGAGAAGUCCAGAUACGGCCGCCGGUUGGUACGUGCAUGA